AUGAAAGAAAAGAUUUUAGUGAACUUACAAAGCUCACUUAUAGCAUGCUCUGCAUACGUUGACGUUUUGAUCAAGAAAAAUCAUGCAACAAUAAAGCAUUUGCAAAGUCAGCUCUCAUGUAGACAAUAUCCUCUUGAAAAAUCAGAGUUAUUUUAUAAAAAGGCAUAUGAAAUUGCAGAUUGUACAAAUAAGAUUGCAGCUCUUCAAGUUUUUCAAGAUUGUACUAAGUCUUUAAAGAAUAAUGACAAAUUAGAACUUUUAGAAAAUUUUGAAAUAGGAAAAUAUCCUCAAAUAGAACUACAGUUACGUAUUUUAAACUUUUUUGCAAAUGUUCAUGAUGCUACAAACGAUUCAAUACGAUACUUUUUCAAAAUUUUAUCAACAAUUAUGGACAAAGAAACAUUUUUUGAUAUUUGUGAUGAUGAUAAAUGGGAUUUAGAAGUUGCGUAUAAAUACUUUGGAGGUCAUCAUACGGAAGAAGAAAUUAUAGACAAUAUAAUGUGUUGCGAUCCACAUGAAAGGAAGUUAAGAGAUCAUAUAAAUAAGAUACUCGGAAUUACUAUAUUUGCACUUGAUUAA